UCAUUGGUCUGUUUCACAUGUCUGCUGAUGUGCCGGGUUAGGCCGUUUUGUAUUUCGUAACACAGCAGUGUUUAGCAUUUGAGCACUUUUUAUAACGUCCCUUUUCUGUAGUGUAAUUUGGAGUUUUCUGAGCACUGCUAGUUUUAUUCAAACAGAGUGGAAACUGAUCUAGACGUAGCUAGCGUUACAUCCAUCCAUACCUGGCUCACAGAAGCUAACGUUAGCUAGCUGCUCAGUCGAUAUAGUUACUCACAUUAACGUUAGAAUGGGUGAAGAAAUUAACGACAACCUCAUUAAUACAGACAAUGGAUCUGCUAAUAAGACCAACGGCGAGGAAAAUGGCGAUACAGUAGGAAGUGAUGAAAAAUAUUACACGUUAGAAGAAAUAAGAUUGCACAAUAUGAGCAAUGACACAUGGCUCAUCAUCAACGAUAAAGUAUACGACAUCACAAGUUUCCUUGAAGAGCAUCCAGGAGGUGAGGAGGUUUUGCUGGAGCAGGCUGGUGCAGACGCCACAGAAAGCUUUGAGGAUGUGGGUCAUUCCACAGAUGCCAGGGAGAUGCUCCAGCAGUACUACAUUGGGGAGCUUCACAUGGAUGACAGGAAAAAAGAGAACACAAAGGACGACGUCCAUGUCACAAAUUCAGGAGAGUACAGCUCCUGGACCAUGUGGUUGAUACCUGCUAUUGCUGCAGCUGUUGUUGGUAUCAUGUAUCGCUACUACGUGUUUGAACACAAGUCCUCUUGAGUGCUGGCAUCCUGUUUCCAUCUCAUUCUUUUCAUCUGGAGGCCUUGAAAUGUUUGACCAAAACCUCCUCACACUGAGUGCACACGAUUAGGAGUGUCUGCAUCCUCUGCAACAAGAAAAGGAGGGGAACAGUUUGAUAAAGUACUUUUGUCCUUGUCCGUCUACAUAGAGUGCACCAAAUAGACAGUUGGGCGGAGACUUUAUUAAAUUGUCUGCCUUCAGUUUCUUCGUAUUUUACUGUUGCUAUGCCUGUUGUCAUCUAUGUUAAAUGUUGUCUUAAACUUAAACUUUCAUAUGCAUUUGACCCAGUUUGGUCUCUGUAUGGUCAUUACCCAUUUGCCUGCUCAGAUAAAGGUUUUGUUAACAGCCUGGUGAACAUGCAUCAUCAUCACACAGACACCCAAGAUUGAAAUAUUUAAGGAGAUGUUGAGUAUGCAGAAUGGUGAUGAAAUAGUUAAUAGUGACCAUUAAACUUUCAACACUGAAUUAUGACUUCCAAUGCAUUUUCUUAGUUUUAAUAAAGUCAGAAAUGUUACUGGUACCUAACUCUCAAUAGGAAUUGUGAGUUUAUUCCAUUCACUCCUCCCAGCAAAGUUCUGGUGUUAAACUGAUUGAUUGCAUUUAUCAUUUGGUUGUAAACACAGAAUAUUUCCAAUUUUGUAAAUGCAGUGUCAAAUCUUUGUGUCUGUUCCAUUUUGAAAAUAAUGGUGAAUUAUAUUUAAUCAGUGAUUAUUUAAGGUAGAAUGUGUUCUGACUUAUCUCUCUUUUUUCUACAGCUGUGUUAUCAGGCAAUUGUGUAAAUGUUCAAAACACCUGAUCCAUAGAUUAAUAUAAAUUUAUGUAGUAUGUAAUAAUACAAUAAUAUUUUAUUACCCAGAUAUAAUAGCUGGCAGUGAAUCACUGAGUGAAUACCCAUGGGAAAAAAAAGUAUGUUAUUUAAUUUGUUCUGUUUAAAAAAUUGAUUGUUUCUCACUAUGCCAUUUGUUAUUUAACUGAUGUUUUUUCACAAUUUUGUUUCAUUUUAAUUAAUUCCAAUGCAUCUUAAUUGACUGUUUCGAGAGAAUGGCAACGACAACUGGUGUGUGUUUCUUGUUUGGCUGUUAAACUGGGAGACUUGCCAGUUGUCAUUAGAGCCAUAGUUGAGUGUCUUCAGGCCACAGUUGGUUACUACACAUAUUUAAUAAUCUCUUUUAGUUACAUAGCCUUUUUAAAUUUUCUAGGUUUCUCUUAGGAUUUUGGCAAUGAUUAAUAUGUUUUGGUUUAGGUAAGCUUUGCGUAGCAUUUCUAAAAUCACUGUCUAUUGAAUAUUAUGAAAUAGAAAAAUUAUUUCAUAUUACUAUUGACAACAUUUUUCAGCUACAAAACCCGUAUAUAUACAUCACCUGUCAAUUCAUAAAAGCUGCUAUUUUUACAUGUGACUGCAAUAUUACUUGCGGAUGUCAAAAUUUAGUUAGUUGACUAUAAAUCUUCGCCAUUUCUUUGCAUUUCAACUGCCAUUUGCUGUCAUUAAAAGUCUCUUUGAAUAAAAUUAAUCUUUCAAAAUGUA